CUUCUGUGGUACGUCAUUCACGCGUCUCGCAUUCAACUAUACACAUAUUGUGAACUCAGUCAAACCAAAAUCCAGCGAAAAUAAACCACAAGAGAAAGAGCCGCAUCACAAGUGACUGAAUCGUCCACCUGUUGCGAAGAAAAAGAGGCGUCAGGACGAGGGAUGACGGAAGGAACGGAAGAAAAGAACCCGAGGCCAUGGAAAGUUGGAGGAAAUAAGAGACAGGGACAUGGAAAGGAGGAGAGAGGGCGAGGCAGCGGAGGCGAAGCGGGAACUAAGAAACGUCUGGACGCGAUGAGCGUGGGCUACUUCCGCAGAGUGAGCGAGCGGCUGGAGGAAGGGUUCGCCGAGGAGGAGGAGAAAGUGCUGUUUGUGGAGAAUGUGCUGAGUGAGGUGAGGGGGCGGGCUCUCCUGGUUGCCACGGAUAUCACAGGCAGCGUCACCCUGCAGCGGCUGCUCCCAUUGGCCGGUCCUUCCCAGGUGGGGGAGGUGUUGUCUGAGCUGGGCGGAGCCUCCGGGCAGGAGUUCAAAGCCGCGUCAUGUGACCGGUGCGGGGGGCACGUGGUGGAGACGGCGCUGAGGCAGGUGCCCAGGUGGACAGGGCAAACCCUGGAGGCCUCCAAAGAGUCCGCGGAGGAGACGGAAGCGGAGGAUUGUGGGAUACUGGAGGCCCAGGCCCUGGCUCUGUCGCGAGUGGUGACGGAGGACGUGACAGAGUUCAUCACGCACACGCACGGCUCCCAUGUGACGCGCACGCUCACACACCUGCUGGGGGGCUGCCUGGAGCCAGAGCGCUCCCGCACACACCCAGGGGGUAAAGUGCAGAAGACCAGCACUCAGCUGGUGGAUUUUGAGGCUCCUCUCUCUUUUGGACCUGCUCUGAAGAAGCUGGCCCUGUCUCUGAUGGACCAUAUCCACACGUGUGUGACGAACGCAGUGGCCAGCACCGUGCUCCAGGCUAUGCUGGCCAUCUGCCACAGGAAGAGGCCCAAGCUCUGCAGGAAGCUGACCAAAGGCAUUGUGGGAUACUUGACGUCUCUCAGCGCCGCACCUGGAGUCAGCCCUCUCCUGGUGUUUCUGAAGGACCAGGCUUGCAGCCGGCUCAUUGAGAAGGUCCUCCAGGUAUCCCACAAGGCCCUGCUCCGUGACGUCUACAAGAACCACCUUAAGGGUCAGCUGGUCAACCUGGCAGUCCAUCCAAUCGCAAACUUCCCGGUGCAGAGACUGACGGCCGCGUCCAGCGGUUACAAGAUGUUUCACUCGGUGUUUGAGGAGCUCGUCGAGGGCCUCGAGGCCAUCCUGGCGGCAGGUCACAUGGGAGUGAUAGUACAGCUGACGGACAGCUGCGUGGAUCGGGAAGAGAUGCAAGGCCGGCUGCUACAGUGCCUCCUGGAGGCCUUCCACUGUGCUGCCCCUCCCUCCCUCCAAACUUUCUGUCUCCCCCUCUUCCUGUCUCUCCACACUCACGAGGCGUACUACGGUGAGCAGCCAGCAGAGGGAGACACACAGCGCCCCCUGUCUAACAUCUGCUAUAACGGCUCCCGCCUGGUCCAGUCUCUGGCCAAGUUCAAAGACCGCUCCGUCCUGCUCAACAGCCUGCGCCUGCUCCCUCCCUCUGACCUCCUGACCCUGGGAACCGACCAAUCAGGGAGCCACGUGCUCCAGGCCCUGCUCGUGUCCUCGAGCGACAAGGGGCGGAGCAAGAUACUGAGGAGACUGGAGGGUCAGUACGUGCAGCUAGCCUGUUCCAGAUAUGGCAGUCGAGUUUUAGAGGCAGUCUGGAACAGCGCCACCGUGAGUCAGAAACAAGGAAUUGCACAGGAACUAGCUCCCAGCGAGUCCGUGCUCCGGUCUGAUCAGUUCGCUCGCCACGUUUGGGCGAAAUUUGGUCUGACCCACUUUGGGAAGAGGCGGGGCCAGUGGCUGGAAAUUCAGACCGGCCAAUCAAAGAAGAGGAAGAUGUUCAGUGACAUUCUGGAGUGAGCGAAUCAGAGACAGCGGUGAUGGGGGACAGAACACACAUUCUCUUGCAUCUGAGCUCGUGUUUAUGUCAGUUGAAGUCUGGAUGCGUGUUCCUGUCGUCUUGGACGGUCUCGUCCUCCUUCCGUACUGUAACCCAAUAAAUCAGCGUUUCAGUUGCAUUUUUCCAAAG